GAGCUUCCGAUGCGAUUGGGCAACCACACUGUAUAAUUGUCCACGCUUUUUGCGGUGAUCGCGGCCCUCCUUAUUUAGCACUGGAGCCGCGUGUCGAAGGGUGAUUGUAUGGGGCUGUUCACGGUGGAGCGGACUGGCUCGCUCAAGAUAGUGUGGCCCCUCAGACGCGGUUUUCGUGGAGGAGCAGCGGAUCCGAGUGUGGGUCCGCUUCAUGCAAGUGCUGCACGGCGGUUGGGCUCGAGGGCCGGACAUCCUCAUGACCUUAGGGAUGCUUUACAGCUGUCUUCGAGAGGUACACACACGACAUGGUGUUUUUUAAAGUUGACUUGACAGCUUCUAUUGCUUUUGGAUAUUAUUUGUGCUGCAUGAUUUGACGGUUAAUGUACUAUGUACGUGGUGCCUUUUCUUUCGAUGGAGAGAGCCUAAGCAUGUUACUGAUCCUUUUAACACCCAAACGUAGGCAUUUGCACUCCUGCGUAUUGUUUUGUAUUGGGGGCCACCCUGCUUAGGUGGGACCUGUGGAUGGGGUUUAGUGUGGUGAAUAAAUCAAUGCAACGGAGGUUUGGUUUUGUGUAUCUAAACGAAUUCAUAGAGUUGUAAUGAAUGUGGAUUUGGUGUGCACUUGCCCUUAUCCUUGCGUUUAGCUCUCCGUUUUAUCUGUCCCACCAUAUACCAGUGUAGUAAUAACGCCGCGGAACUUUCUUCUUGACGAUAUAUGAUAUGAUGUGAGUUGUAUAAUACACCUGAAAAGGAUUCAAACCCACAUCUAACACUGUAUCUGACACUGUUUCAUCCCUCCAUAACUAUUUUCCUCAGCUUUCCUUUGUAGAUAAAAUGUCAAAGGUUGCGCCGUCACCUUCUAUAGCUCGUUACUCGGAAUGUGUUGAGCCCUUGCCCCGGGGCGCGGAGUGUUCAGAGCGUGUCGAGAAUUCACAAAGCCAACUGUUUGCGCGUAAUGAAAGUUACAAGUCCCCAAACGAACUUUUGUUAGAGCAGAAUACGCUUCCGAGAGGUUUAAUAAUUUUUAUGACAGUUCUAUUAUCCUUCGAUCUUGUACUAUCUGUUGCCCUGAUUGUGAUAUGUUCUGCAGAUCUCAUUGAACAUCACAACGACAUGAAAAAUGCUCCUGAUAAUUCCGAAGGAUUUAAGUUCAACUUUUAUUUAUUCAUCUCUUCCCUAAUUGAAUUGUGUGUGUCGGUUAUUCUGGUUUCAGUUUUAGUUUACGUUACAAUGCUGCGAUCCCAUCUUCUCGUGGGAAGAGGAGAUCAUCAAAAGCUAACAUGUUGUCUGUGGAUUGUUUGCUUUUAUCUUUGCUUAUCUUCCCUGUACACGAUCUUCAUAUUAUAUGCUAAUAACAAUGUGGUUCAUGUAAAAUACUUUUGGAUUCGUAAUAUAUUUUCAUUCACACGAAGCAUCUUGCUGUGUAUUUACUUUUUAAUUUUGUUGAUGCUGGUAUGUAUGCCAUAAUGGAUACCCGAUGAAUGAAAGAAGUCCGAAAGUAUCCGUAUAUAUUUGACAAGUAUUUUUCUCUAAUAAUAUGUGGAUAUUUUAUAUCGGCAGUGCUAUUCUUCUUCAGCUUUGUUCACGUGAUCCUUGGGGGUAAAUGCCUUCCAGAUGUGUGCAAAGCAGGCGGUUCUUUUCCGUCACGGGGUGUCUAUGGGCUGACAUAAUGGUGCACCACGUGCCCCGAUCUGAGGAGUUUGCAGUGCUUUUCCGAAAUUCUGUCGGAUGAGUAAUGUUCACAUUCGUAAAUUCAUUUGUUGCAGCGGGUAAAGGGUGUAGCUAUUUUUUAUAAUGUCAGAGUACCAGAUUUCCUUUGCUAUAGUUAUAGUCAUGUAAAUUUUGGUGAUACAGAUAUAAGUUACUGGCUAAUACAGAUAAGACAUGCACUGUGGCAUAAUACAUAUGUUCUGUAGUAAAUGAUAAAAGUCAAACUACGAACAACGAAGGCGUGUACGAAAGAAUGUGAGAUGUGUUGCACCCACGUGGAUAUCAAAGCGACUGUGGUCUUCAUGUGAGCGCUGACAAUUUCAUUUUGACUUUUCCCUCUUUCAUUUUCCUAAAUUUAUAUGCAGUGUGAUGCUGGAUAUAUAUAUAUAUAUAUAUAUAUAUAUAUAUAUAUGUCUAUGUGUGUGUGUUUAGGGCGCACCCAAAUCCGGCGAAGACGGGACCGCAUCCGUCAAUGUCUCCCUCCUCUGUGGGGUUGACCGGAAAGGCACCCGCGCAGGAAGCGAUCUGCCGUUUCCUGCGUGGCUUGAGCGCCGCCUAUAUAUUCCUUCACUGAUCGAGGUGAGUCUCAGGUAUGUUAGCUUACUUCCAAUAUUAGGUCACGAGGUAUGACUUAUCGUCACAUGAAGUCCUUCCGCAUGUGACAUUAUUAUCUUUAUCAAUUUCGUUUGUCCUGCUUUGCAUUUUCUAGUACUUCAAGCCACUCGUGAGCUCAUUAGGGUCGAUUUACUAGCGAGGAAAUUAGCUUUUGCAGGUAGUCAUUCAGGUUAAUUUGAGAAGCUUAUCUGGUAACUUUUUAGGUAAGUUUACAUUUGACAUU